UUGAAUUGACCGUUUUUGUGUUAACUGUUCGAAAAAACUUUCACAAUUUUUAUCAAAUUAAUUUUCUCACCGAACUAGAGUCUCUGACAAGUCUGAACAAACUAUUUGAUUAUAAUUUUCAGUGGUGUUCUACGCAAUGUGUUAAAUUUCUUUGAAUGAAAAAGUGGUGUAUUAGGUUUCUACAAGAUGAAUUGUGCGAAAGUUGAUGAUAAAACCAUUUUUUCUACUCCUCAACCUUUUGCUACGUCGACGGAGAUGAGAAAAAGACUUCGACCAAAGGAAAGCGAUAAUUUGAUAAACUUAACUAAGACAGAAGAUUCUGAUGAAUCUAUGGGAUUGAUUUCAAUAAAGAGUGACAAUAUCGGCCCAUAUAUUGAGGAUAUCCAAUUGAAAGAUUCUAGCAAAGAUAUUAAGAAUUAUGCGAGGGAACAGCGGGAACUAGCUAGUAAAAUGCUGCAGAGAAGAGAAUCAAAAGUUCUAGGUUUGCCUACCAGACCACCUAGACUAUCAGAUCUUUCCAGUGGCUCACAUUUUGCUUUGUCUGAUGGCGGUAGUACUAUAAGUGAGAGUGACUUAUUGGGCCAUAAUUCAAGUUCAACGCCUAGACCAUCUAUUUCAGGUAGUACAUUGGACAUUGCUGGAACUUUGUCACGUAUGAGUUUGGAAUUGAAGGACCCAACUAUGAGUUUAUCAACAGCUUUGAAUAGGAUGCAAGAAGAAUAUGAGAAGAUACAAAAAUCAAUAUCAAUCCAGAGUGAUAUGUUCAAAUCUUCUGAAGAAGCUGAAAAACUGUUGCUUGCAGGUGAAGCGUCAUGGAGGAAGGAGAAAGAAUUACCAGCACAAAAGGUAGAUUUUUCUAUGAACAACUUUGAUAGUUCUGAAAUUUCAUCAAUUAGUGCAUAUUUCAAACAAAGAACAGAGGAUCUCUCUGACAUUAUACCAUCCAAACCUGGGAGGAGUUCAGAAAUUCGUGAUACUCUACAGAAUUUCAGGAAAAGUUCUGUAAUGAGUUUGCCUUCAAGUAUAUCUGUAGGAGAUAUAACUGCAUCUUCUGAUGGAGAUCUAGGCUAUGCUUUAUCUGAAUGUGACCUUGAUGAAGUGCCUGUUAGAAGUGAACAUGAAGAGCCUAAUGCACCAAAAGAGAGCCUGAGCAUUUCAAGAAUUGCUGAGAUUUUGCAAAAAUCAGAUGAAACUCCAACAAAAGUAUUGAACUAUCUAUUGAAACAUUGUCCAGGAGGAAGUAAAGUCAAUGAUAAAAAACAAAUGGAUCUUGCCAUGCCUGAUGUCAAAAUUACAACACCUUGUAACAUGAUGCCUUCUGUAUGUGAAAAAACAGACCAAGAUAGUGGCAACUUCGAUCCAAGUACACUUACUCCGAAUAAAGAAAAUUACGACUGUAUCAACACCCCCCAACAGUCUUCGUUAGGUAAAAUGUCUGGUAUCUCCAAAUCUCUCACAUCCCUAAGAAGUACCAGUAGUUUGAGUAAUCUGCCGGGUGGCAAGCUCCCGAUAGAAACGACACAUUGCGAACUUGUUUGGGGAUGUGUCAAGGCAGGUAAAAGCGAAACUAAGCAAUUUACCUUACGAAACAAAUCCGCUAGUAAAGUACAAAUACAAUGUAGUAUAUCAAGUCCGGUAUUCCGAAUUAUGCAGGAUCGUGCUGAAGAUUCAUCAAACUGCAUCAAAAUCCUACUUCGGGCACAUGAGACCAAGUCUAUAUCUGUGAUUUUCAAUCCUCUAAGUGAAGGCGCAGCUGCUGAUGAAAUCGUCUUUUCACCGUGUAAUAUGAAUUUGCAACAAACUAAGAAACAAUCUAUCAAGUUGUUUGGUUACGGAGGAUCAGGAUCUAUAGAAUUCAAAAAUAAGAUAUUGAAAGAUAGCUCAGGGAGACACUGGUUGAGUUUGGGUAAUAUCCUGGGGCAAUCAGUUGUUCAAGAAAGUAUAACUGUGAUAAAUCGAGGAAGUUUGCCAUCAUUCGCUUUCCUGGAUUAUAUAUCGAAGGACCUUGCCUUCUCUAAAAUAUCUGUCCAUCCUCGUACCUUGAUUUUAGAACCGUUUGAAGAAAGGAGGGUAGAUAUCAGCUUGAAAUUGAACAGGGAAGAUAUGAAACAUCUGCAUAACAAUUUUUCAAAUCCUGCUUUCGAAAUCGGCACGGUGAAGAUCAUAUCGGGGACAGAAGCCACCAGGGGAAGAAUCAAACGACUGUGCAAACUUGUCAAGGACAGAAACCUAGAGAUGGAUUGCUUAGGAGAAAGGUUAAUGCAGGACAUUCAAGGAGAGGCCAUACCAAUCGACGUCGUCAAGUGCAGAGAAUCGAUAACCAGCCUUAAAACACUUCUUUUGGGACUCACACAAAAGGAAGUUGUUCUGAUAGUAGAAAAAGAUCUAGAUUCAACUCUAGUGCCGGCGUUGAAUGACGAUACUUCCAUGUUUCAAAGUUUAUACCAAGAUAGCACUUUCACAGAAGAAUCUGUUAAGAACAGCUGCAAGUUAGAACCUGCUCUUGUGAUUCUCAAUCCUCCAUCCAAAUGUAAAGACAUUUUAUUCUUAACUUCAGAUAGUGAUUCCACUUUAUCGUUCAACAUUGAGGUACCCGAAGGAAUUAAAGCUCAUGUUUUGUCUGGAACCUUAAAGCCUCAAUCCACUGUGAUAAUUCAGUUAGAAAUUGAUGGUGGCGCUGAAGUUCCAAAGUCGUCAAAAGUAUCUGUUAAUGUUGAGGGCGAAAUUUUCAGUAGUACUGUAAAAGUAAGAUAUAUUUAAGGUUCCUAUUUAUUUCUCAAUUAGAUUUUAAAUGUUCCUGUUUUUUUUCUGUAAUUGUGUACUUAAUCAUUCAAAUACAUUUUUGGACUGUGGAUUUUUAA